AUGCCUUCUUCAGACUCCCACACCGUGAAAUCUACCAAUGACAACCAAGUCAAAACUGACAAGAACGAUGUCUGGGGUGAGAAUUCCCAGGAAGAGAAUUCUUCCGAUGUUAUGAGCAUAUACUACUCUUAUGAUAUUGAAUAUCGACAGAAAGUUGAAACCGAAUUACGACGAAAGAUCGAUACCCGAAUCCUUCCCCUCAUCGUCCUGAUCUAUCUCUUGAACUAUUUGGAUCGCAAUUCUAUCACCCAGGCCCGUCUUUACGGUCUCCAGGAAGACACAGGCGUGAAAGGAGCACAGUAUCAAACUGCAAUCUCUAUCUUCUCGGCUGGUUACAUUCUCAUGCAACUGCCAUCGACGGUGCUGAUGACAAAGUUCCGCCCUUCCGUCUUUUUGCCAAGUUAUAUCGUUUUGUGGGCGAUCGUGAGCGGGUGUACUUCUGCUGUCAACAACCCUGCAGGCCUCUUGAUUUUGAGGUUUUGCCUUGGUUUUGUCGAGGCACCUUUCUUCCCCGGAGCUAUUUACUAUCUGAGCUGCUGGUAUACAAAGCGCGAGAUUGGUGUUCGAAUGGCCCUUCUCAUAUGUGGAAUUCUGCUGUCAAAUGCGUUUGCUGGUUUAAUCUCCGCCGGGAUCCUAUCUGGAAUGGGUGGAGUGGGCAAUCUUGCUGCAUGGCGGUGGCUUUUCAUUUUGGAGGGCUUAGCAACCGUCGUGAUAGGCUGUGUCGCCUUUUUCGUCCUUCCAGAUUUCCCGGGCACAACGAAAUGGCUCACCGAGUCAGAAAAGGUCGUUGGCCAGGGCCGCCUUGCUGUCGACGCUGGAAGCAGCACUGUUCUUGAUGCCGAGAAAGUGCCAAUAACCCGUGGUAUUAUCUGGGCCGCCAAAGAUAUCAGAACAUGGCUUUUCGCUUGCUUGCAGAUGUCCACUACUGCGUCGAUUUCUUACUCACAUUUCUUUCCCACGUUGAUCAAGGAGCUUGGUUUCAAGAACAACACAACAGUCCUGCUUCUGACCUCUCCUCCCUACGUUGUUGCCUUCUUUUGGGCAAUGAGCUGGGCAUUCGUGGCAGAUAGAAAGCAGAUUCGCUCUGUUCCCGCCGGUAUAUCACAAUGCUUGGCCAUUGUGGGCACAGUUCUUAUGAUUGCUAUAACGAGCUCUCUGUGGGCUCGCUACGCUCUGACAAUUUUGGUUUGCUGCGGUACCUUCGGUGUCUAUUCCACCACGUAUGCGUGGUUAUCCUCUACGAUUACACAGCCACCAAUCAAACGUGCUGUGGCAAUCGGACUCGCCAAUAGCUGUGCCAAUAUUGCAUCUCUUUUUGCAAAUUACUUCUGGUUGGAUCAGUACGAGCCUAUGUACAGGCAAUCCUGGGGCUGUCUCUUGGGUUUUCAAGUUCUGGGGCUGUCCUGCAUUAUGACAAUACGGUUUUUGUUGAACCGAGCUAACAAGAAGCUGGAGACUCUCGCUACCGAGGCCGAGCAAAAUGAUACUCUUUUCAUGUCUCGCCUGGAUGAGGAUGCUAGAAAUGCGGUUCAGAAUAAUUUCAGAUAUGUUGUGUAA